AUCAUCUCCCUCCCCCUCCCGCUGCUUCCCAUUUGCACAAGGGAAAUAGGUUUGAGUUCGCUGCAUUUGGGUCUGGCUCUGUACUGGCCAAGCAGGGAAGAGCUCGGCGGGCAGACUGUGGAGGCUAUUGAGGGAGAGCCAUGCAGGGGGUUCACUGAGCUGCGGCGGCUGCCCGGUGUAGUGGAGGCAGGUCCCAGAGACACAGCUGCUGCCGCAGAAACACAUUCUCGUGCAGCAAAAUGGAUACAAUACUGAUAAAGAACAUGGGGCAGCAGGAGAAUGAGCAGCUGAAGGAAGAAGAUGAGGAGGAGGAAGUGGACCCCCGGAUCCAGGGAGAACUAGAGAAGCUUAAUCAGUCCACUGAUGACAUUAACAGAAGAGAGAUCGAACUGGAGGAUUCCAGACAGAAGUUCCGUUCCGUACUAACUGAAGCUACCCUGAAACUUGAUGAAAUGGUCAAGAAGAUUGGGAAAGCUGUGGAGGAUUCUAAACCUUACUGGGAAGCCCGAAAAGUUGCCAGACAGGCUCAGCUAGAGGCACAGAAAGCCACCCGAGACUUUCAACGUGCCACGGAAGUAUUGCGGGCAGCCAAAGAAACAAUCUCUCUGGCAGAGCAGAGGCUGCUGGAAGAUGACAAACGCCAGUUUGAUUCUGCUUGGCAGGAAAUGCUGAACCAUGCCACACAGCGGGUGAUGGAAGAGGAACAGAAGAAGACCCGCAGUGAGCUGGUACACAAGGAGACAGCCGCGAAGUACAAUGCAGCCAUGGGCAGGAUGAAGCAGCUGGAGAAGAAGUUAAAGAGAACAAUCAACAAAUCAAAGCCUUAUUUCGAACUCAAGGCAAAGUAUUACCUACUGCUUGAGCAACUAAAGAAAACAGUGGAUGACCUCCAAGCUAAACUCUCUCUCGCAAAGGGAGAAUAUAAGACUGCCCUCAAAAACCUAGAGAUGAUCUCUGAUGAGAUUCAUGAAAGGCGCCGAACGUCAACUAUGGGCCCCAGGGGGAGAGGAGUAGGCUCUGAAGGCAAUAAUUCACUUGAGGACCUCUCAUCUUGCAAACUGGACUCAGAUACUAUAUCCAUGACAUCAGAGGUGUUUGAUGACGACAACCUUAGCAGCUUGGUGUCCGAGGAAGAUUCUGAAACCCAGUCUCUGUCUAGUUGUAGCUCUGGCCCAACCAGCCCAUCUGAGAUUCCAAGUCCAUUUUCAAAUGCCCCUCAUCCUGGGACCUUGGAUUUGUCAAGCCCCUUGUCCCUCUCUGACUUUGGUUUGAUUUCACCAGUACUAGGCCCUCGAAGCGAAUGUAGCGGGGCAUCCUCACCAGAGUGUGAUCUGGAAAGAGGGAACAGGGCAGAAGGAUCAGAGAAUGCUGCCCAAGACCGAUUAAACAACAAUAAUAACAGUAGAAGCAAUAGCAAGAAAGCCAUGACAUUGCCAGUCCUGGACAACAAGAUGAAGCAGCUGUCAUUGGAAUGUACGAAGACUGGGAACGGCACAAACACGGAGGAGAAGAAAUGCAGCCGUUCCCAAUCUUUAGUCUCUACUCUGUUGGUCAAUGCUGUGUGAGCAUAUAGAUAAGCGAGCAGGAAUCCUGUGCCAACGGCCUUCUUUCAUUCCAUGCAGACGUCCGCAGACUGCUGGGACAUAAGCUCCACACACUGGGAGAUGAUUAGCAGGAGACUCCGCACUAUAGGAAGUAGAGGUGGCUUUUUCAGCACGCUACCUGUUGCCUUUUACCAAGUGUGUACAUUUAGGUGUGUAUCCUGUCCAUAUAGCCAUCACUAGAGCAAUAAAUUCAAUGAACUUUCUGUGCCAAAAACUCCUGAAUUCCAAAGGGAGCUUCAGUGAUGAGGUGUUUUCUUCCCCUGCUUUUCUAGGUAGGACAACAAUCUCUUAUUGUACAGUAUAAUGGAGAGACAGCAUUGAUGUCUUAGCAGAUCAGCUCCUGUCACAUCUCAUAUUAUGUAGUCAAACAACUGUGUUCACAUUUUCUAUGCUGAAGUUGAAACAGUGCCAAGUAAUUUGCACAAUGAGCCAUUAAAUUAUACGUGCACAGAUCCAUUUGAUGUGAUUUAGACAUUUACAAGUAUUCCUUUCGUUAUCUGUCUAGCCCCAUACAUUGCUCCAAUUGACUCCACUUGGUCUUCUUGACCACUUAAUAGCAAUUUGCUCAGAUUAAAUAAAGCCUUCGGAAAGUAACUUCCCAUGUGUCUAACCAGUAACUUCAUAGUGCUCCUAUAAGUCACUCUUCCCAGUCAAAUGCCAUCCAGUAUUCGUGCUUCGUUCAUCCGUGCUCUCGAGUGGUGAAGAAAGACAUCACCCAGUUCUUCAACUCCUACCCUGGAGGGAAUUUGAGUCAUGCCAUAGACAAGUGUAUGAAGAUCAGGAUUGUUUCCGUGUGUUCCAUCACUAGAUACUUUCAAAUUAUGAGGAUUAAUACACUCAGCGGUGGAUAGUUCCAUAUGAUUUUAUCUUGCAUAUGUUUUAUACUAUACCCAUAACUUGCAGGCCACCACAUAAUAAGACGUUUGAAGGAUUCUGGGAGUUCGAGUUCACAAAAGCCAGGCACCAGUGAGUUGGACAUCCCUGUUUUAUACCAGCUUCUUAUAGCUUGUGUUUUUCUUUCUUGCAUAAAUGGAUUACUACUAUGUGCCAUUGGGAAAUAACUACUGGGCAAAUAGCAGUUUUAUGCACUUCUAGUUUCACUGGGCUGCCCUUGUGGGAACCUGAGGAAGGUUGCAGAUCUGGGGCAGGGGUUGCUUCCAUUAAACUGACCACAAUUUGUCAACUGCCAUGCCCAGCUAUAUUGCACCCCUUCUCUGAAUCUCCACCCCCCCCCCCAUACUUUAUUACAAACUAUCAUAACCGUCCAUAAUGUAUGGGAAGCCUAGGAUUUGCCACUGAGAUUUAACUAUAGACAAUGAUACUGCUGGGCCAGGGCAGAGGAGUCUUAGCUGCUGGUUUGUAGUAACAGGGUUUGCACGUCUCUUUUCUAUGUUACUCCAAAGUUUUUGAUGUAUGACUUUGCUAGGGGAAUUUAGUAUUAUUGGAAUAUGGUGACUGCCACUGCUGCUGUCUUUGUGUUCAUUCCACAGCUUGUGUGUUUCUGCAGCGAAAUAAAGGGUGUUUCAUGCAAGUUA